GAGGCGCAUGUAUCAAUGCGCAAUCGCAUCGGAACAGUUCAGGGAGUCGGGGAGGUCCGUGGUAAGGAAUAAACAGAGUGAAGAGACCGCGCGAGAGACGGAGAGUGGGGAAAGAGAGAGAGACAGACAGAGCACGAAGAGGCAGUGAGACGAUCACGAUGCACGGAGGCGAGCACAAGCGGCCAGGGGCACAGGGCUGAGGGCUGAGGGCUCGACAGGGCCUGGAAUAACGUUCACGGGACGGCCGCGGGCCAGCCAGCAGCAAUGGAACAAACGAAAACUCCCGCGUCCCGGCUACUCAGCACGAGUUGCAUAGAGAAUAAGGACGAUCUGGAAGAGAAAUUUGAUAGGUGUUACACAGUGCUUCAAAACCUGACUGCAGGACUGUCAGAAAAGGAAGCCCAUGAUACGCUAAACAAUGCUGUGUGCAAAGAUAAAACGCAUGAAGAAGUUUCAUUGGGAUUGUUAGUAGUUAUUCUGACAGAUCCUCAAAGUGCUGCAAAGAGUUACAGAGACUUGACUUUAAUUACACGAGACGGUCUCGCGAUUGUGUUAGGACAUCUUAAUCAAUUAGUGCUUGAAAGAUACCUACGAUUAAAUGAUGUGACCAGAAGUCAAUUAUUAUGGCUUCUAAGGGAGAUGAUAAGAACCAGUGUAGCUAGUGUGGAUAAUCUUUGUUUAAGUUUGUUGAGGCAUGCAGCUGGUGGAGAUAUUUCACCAAGAAAUUUGUUUCUAGUUGAUGCUCUGUUAGACAUAUUUCAAGAAAAUCGGCCCUGGCUGGAUAAGUUUCCUUUUUUAGUAGCAUCCAUUGUUUAUACCUAUUUGCGAUUAAUAGAAGAUCAUAAUGCACCCCAUUUAUCUGGGUUACGUCAGAAGGAAGUUACCUUUACUGUGUCCCUGAUAAGAGAACGUAUGGUGGAUUGUUUAGUUAUUGGAAGGGAUUUGGUACGCUUAUUACAAAAUGUAGCAAGAAUACCAGAAUUUGAAGCACUUUGGAAGGAUAUGCUUCUCAAUUCAAAAUCUCUUUGUCCAAACUUCAGUGGAGUUCUACAGCUUUUACAAACUCGAACUUCUAGAAGGUUUCUACAAUCGAGACUUACCCCUGACAUGGAAAGAAAGCUAGUAUUCUUAACAAGUCAAGUCCGUUUUGGUAACCAUAAGCGGUACCAAGAUUGGUUUCAAAGACAGUACCUGGCCACACCUGAAUCACAAUCACUGAGAUGCGAUCUUAUACGAUUUAUUGUUGGUGUUAUUCAUCCAACAAAUGAGUUGUUGUGUUCAGAUAUUAUACCCAGAUGGGCUGUAAUAGGAUGGUUAUUUACCACUUGUACAUCAACUGUGGCUGCUAGUAACGCUAAAUUAGCUUUAUUUUAUGAUUGGUUGUUUUUUGAACCAGAAAAGGACAAUAUUAUGAAUAUUGAACCUGCGAUUCUUGUCAUGCACAAUUCUAUGAGGUCUCAUCCACCUGUCACUGCCACGUUGUUAGACUUCUUAUGCAGGAUAAUACCACAUUUCUAUCCACCUUUGAUAGAAAAAGUGAGGAAUGGAAUCUUCUCGUCGUUAAGACAAAUUUUAGAAAAACGAGUCCUGCCGAGUCUUUAUCCGCUAUUUGACAGCCCCAAGUUAGAUCGUGAACUAAGAAGUAAAAUAAGGGAAACAUUUAAAGAAUUCUGUUUACCACCUAAUGCAGAUCCUGCAGGAAAUAAGGUUCCGAUAUAUUCAGGUAAAAUGGAGGAACUUAAUAAGGAUCUUCAACCAGGAGCUCCACUUGAAAGUACAGGAAACGCAACAGUCGAAAAUAAUCAUGUCAGUCAAGAUCCAGAACCAGCUUUCAGCGACGAAGAGGAAGAAAUGCCAUUAAGGAUAGUAACUAAAAUUGAAGAAGAAGAUGAAGAGGAUGUUCCACUAGCAACCGUGAAAUUGAAGAAUGAACAAAAAAAUGCAAAUUGUGUGGUGAAGAAAGAGGAUAUUACAUCUCAGUUAAACUUAAUCUUAGAACCAGAAGAGUUAAGGACUGCUGUAGAAAGUUUGCAUAGUGAAACUGACAAUGAAGGAAGGUGUCAAACAAUGGAAAGGAUAGUACAAAUGGUGGUGGAAGAUGAGAUCGACGCAGAAACUAUACCAGCAUUGGCUUCUUGCAUAUCAACUAUAUUAUCGUCGCAAAUUACAGCCCAAAUAUUUCCAACGGAUAAUUUGAAUGAUGAAGCCUUGACUGAUAGUAUAAGCACACCGUUGUUUGUUAUGUUUCGAAAUCUAUUUCAGUUAUGUAAAGAAGAAGACAUUAGGCGGAAACUGUUAGCUCGGGUACUUGUAGAAAUGCAAACUGUUCAACCAAGAAUAGGAUAUCUAUUACUUUACUUUUUAAAAGUCUGGGGCAAAGAGGAAGAAAAACGAGAAAGUGAACCGAGUAAUGUAUUAAACGAUAUUAAAGGAUGGGUGUAUAAGGAUUUCUGUGUGCAUCGAGAUAAGAAAUUGGAAGCGUGUUUAGUGUCGGAUUUAAAGCUGUGCCACGAAGACAACAUAUUCAUGUUGUGUUAUCUUGUGCCUGAUGCAUACAUGGGAUUCCAGAACGUGGCUCUUGGGAACGUUCAGCUAUUGCAUUUAGUUGUAUCGACCGUUGACGCCUGCCAACUUCAAGAAUUAGUUUGUCAAAUAAUGCAAGGACACCUAAAGAUGUUAAAAAAGGAAUCAUUCACGUCAUUGUUGACAGCCAGUUUAAAUUGGGAAACAUUUGAGCAAUACUGUUUCUGGCAACUAAUUUUUGCCCAUGAUUUCCCCAUUGAUUACGUGCUGCCUGUUCUAACUAAAUUGCAAUUUCGUGACCACGCGGAGGCACUCACGUCGAUAUUGCUUAUGCUGAAACAAGAAAAGCCAACGUUAGAACUUUUGCGACAAUUGCUUGCACGACAAAACGUGGACGGAGAUAUGUUUGUUGUGGCUGCGUUACGCUAUUGGUGUCGUGAUUACGAGGAGAAGCUCGCCGAGUUGCUCGCGAAUCUUUUGAGCACCCGUUACCCAGCCACCAGUCCGAACAAACGGAAACGAUCGGGCGGCAAACACAAUCAACAGCCUGGUCCGCCCACCGGUGAACAAGUUCUCGGUCAUCUGGAACAAUUACGACAGCACUGCGCGUCCUCCGAGGAGUUGCAGCUUUACCAUCAUGAGGGAAUGCAACGAGCACUGCAACAAGCACAAGCGGCCAGCAGCGAUUCCUUAAGGAAAAGUUACGGAGACUUGUUCGCCUUGGCGGAAGUGAACGAAGAAAACGAACCUCCGCCGCCUCCGCCAACGAGUUCGGCGCGGAAGCACGCGGCGGCAUCUGCCGGAGGUGGCGGGGGAGCUGGUGGUAAAGGAGGUCACAGAAAAACUGGUGCUAACACAAGGGAAAGGUCUAGUUCGAAGAGGCCGCUUCCUCGAUAUCAUAUUGGCAGUACAUCCAGCAGCGAGGAGGAGGAGAUCGUAAAUUUGAAGCAAGCGAAAAAGAGAAAAAAGAUAAAUGCAGUAUGCUCCGACAGCGACUGACCACCCAGUGUCUUCAAAUGUCACAUGGACCACGUCACGUGUGUGCAGCAAGCUAAACUAGCCUUAAGAAUAGUAAGAUAAUAUAGUAUAUACAUAAUAGAUUUAUUUAGCGCGACUUGUAAAUAUAGUGUAUGUCCGUGGGUGAGUGCGAAACCAUAACGAUAAGCCAAGGACACUAUACCGUAUAUCGCGGACACGGUGUAUAAGGUAACGUUG